AUGCUAUAUCUACCACGAGGCUGCUGUAUCAAGCUAUGUGCAGCUUCUAAAGUUUCCAAGCAAUUUUAUUUACAAAGAACUCUGUCAUCUACCUAUCUCUCAAGCAUGCCUCCCAAGCGGGUACUCGUCAGCUACGGCGUGGACGUCGACGCAGUUGCUGGGUGGAUUGGCUCAUAUGGAGGCGAGGACUCGCCCAAUGACAUUAGUCGCGGCAUAUGGGCUGGUACUAUCGGUACUCAACGUCUUCUGAAAAUGUUCGCGAAGUACGACAUCAGGUGCACGUGGUUUAUUCCUGGCCACUCACUGGACACUUUCCCGGAAGAUAUGGCAGCUGUGAGAGAUGCCGGGCAUGAGAUUGGCUUGCAUGGGUAUCUUCAUGAAAAUCCGGCCGAUAUGUCACUUGAACAACAGGAGGCUGUCUUGGAUAAAACGUAUCGACAGCUUACAGAGUUUACUGGCAAGCCCCCAAGGGGAAGCGUUGCUCCCUGUGCAGAAGGCACUAAGCUACUUUUGAAAUAUGGCAUCGAAUACGAUCACAGUCUUCAGCACCACGAUUGUCAGCCUUACUAUCCUCGUAUUGGAGACACGUUGACAAAUAUCGAUUACUCUAAGAAGGCCGAGGAAUGGAUGAAGCCACCGGUCAGAGGUAAACCAUCUGGGCUUGUCGAAAUCCCCGGAAAUUGGUACAUCGAUGAUCUCCCUCCAAUGAUGUUCAUCAAAAGUGCCCCCAACAACCAUGGAUUCAUGAACGCUCGUGACGUGGAGUCUAUAUGGAAGGAUCAUUUUGACUACUUUUAUCGGGAGUACGAUGAAUUCGUCUUCACUUUCUCAAUUCACCCUGAUGUAUCCGGGCGACCACAUGUUCUUCUAAUGCAUGAAAGACUCAUCGAGUAUUUCAAACAGCAUGAAGGUGUGGAGUUUGUCACGAUGGAGCAAAUUUGCGAUGACUUCAAACUCAAGAAUCCCCCCAUUUUACCAGCGGAGAGAGGAGCUGUCCUGAGAUGA